AUAUGUGAAGAACAGUAGUACUAAAUCCUGUAAUUCUUAAACCCUUUCAUAUAAUACCCUCUUACCUUAUUCUUUCUUCUCCUCAGCUUCUUCUUCACUCUGCAAAUAUGGUGCUCAAAGUUUCAGUUUUGCUUCUUUUCUCAUUUCUCUUCACUGCCUCUGCUGUUCGCCCAGCUCCUCCUCUUGAAGGAUUACUUCCAAAUGGUAAUUUUGAAGAGCUACCAAAGCCAAAAGACCUGAAGAAGAAAACAGUGCUUCAAGGUAAAUAUGCUUUGCCCAAAUGGGAGAUUAAUGGCUUAGUGGAGUACAUUUCUGGCGGGCCACAGCCCGGUGGGAUGUACUUCGCAGUCGCCCACGGUGUCCACGCUGUGAGGCUUGGGAAUGAGGCUUCAAUUUCUCAGACAAUUCCAGUCAAGAAAGGCUCUUUGUAUGCACUCACAUUUGGGGCAUCAAGAACUUGUGCUCAAGAAGAGGUGUUGAGGGUGUCAGUGCCUCCUCAAACAGGAGACCUUCCUUUGCAGACCCUUUAUAGCAGCAAUGGUGGUGAUACUUAUGCUUGGGGUUUCUAUGCCACCUCUAAUGUUGUUAAAAUUACCUUUCAUAAUCCUGGAGUUCAAGAGGAUCCUGCUUGUGGUCCACUCUUGGAUGCCGUUGCUAUCAAAGAACUUUUUCCACCUCGCCCUACAGGAGUGAACUUGGUUAAAAAUGCUGGUUUUGAAGAAGGACCUCACCUCUUGAUUAACUCUUCACAUGGAGUUCUCCUCCCUCCCAAGCAGGAAGAUUUGACAUCCCCGCUUCCAGGAUGGAUCAUUGAGUCACUCAAAGCAGUGAAAUUCUUGGAUUCAGCUCAUUUCAAUGUCCCGUUUGGCCAAGCUGCAGUGGAACUUCUUGCAGGGAGAGAAAGUGCUCUAGCCCAAAUCAUUAGGACGGUCCCUAAGAAGGUCUACGCCUUCACAUUCAGUGUUGGUGAUGCAAAGAACGGUUGUCAUGGCGAUAUGAUGGUCGAAGCAUUUGCUGCUAAAGAAACGUUCAAAGUUCCCUUCAAAUCACAAGGCAAAGGCAGCUUCAAAACUGUUAGUUUCAAGUUCACAGCUAUUGCAGACAGGACCAGAAUUACUUUCUACAGCUCUUUUUACCACACAAAAAUCAAUGACUACGGCGCUCUUUGUGGCCCUGUUGUUGAUGAAGUUAAGGUGACCCCUGUUGCUUAGGCUCUCUAGA